GGAGUUGUCAGGUCUGUCUAGAAGGAUACGCACAGGUGUUACUGUUAUAUGUGGCACCAGCAGCCCCCAGCUCACAUAACCUAACAAACCAGAGCAGCAGAAGAAGAAACCGAACAGCACGUGAGAGAGAAACUAAGAGUAUGGACACCAAGGGUAAAGCCAUGACCUUCCAGUCUCAAAAGGAGAUGUUUGAGAAGAUGGAGGAAUCUUUUAAAAUCUGUGCCUGUUGCCAUAAACAGCCAAAUCAACUCCCAAAUCCAGAGAGCAUGAAGCGUUGUGCCAGAUGUCUAAAUGUUUACUACUGCUGCAAAGAUUGUCAGAAGGAGGACUGGCCCAAACACAAGAAGUUCUGCUCACAACUGUGUCUGGCUGCCAUGGACAGAGUUGUGGAAUGGCUUUUAUUCAAAGGAGACCUUCCAUUCCCUACAGAAAAAUGGUCAAAGCCCCAGUCAGAGGUUAAAGGUUGGGAUGACUGGCUUGCGAUGCAGGGAGAUCUCACAGCUCGCCUCGACCCUAUUUUAAAAGGAGCCAACAUGAAAGACUUGUGGACCAACGUUGGCAGGUCUCCGCCUAACGAUGAGAACCUGAAGCGGUCCCUGUGGAGGGUUUGCAGUGAGUUCUUCUCCAGGCCGCUGACCAUCGCCUGGGGGAUGAGGCUGUUCGGCAUUAACCCUCAUUCCAAACCUCUCACCGUUCACCUGGUGGGAGCAGGACACAGUGAGACUCUGGCAGCCAGACUGACGGACUACGAUGAGCUGAACAACAUGUUCCCCGGACACCAGGGCGUAGAGAUAGUCAUGGUGGGACCGGAGGUGGUGGACGGGCCCAUCGUGAGGCCUCCUCUCAGGGCGUUUGGCCCCAGGCAGAGGGUCUUCAUCAGCGCCUACAAGGGCCUCUACCACCAGUUCUGGGAGGAGCUGGUGGAGACAGAGGAAGCCGCCAAGCCAGACCUGGUGGUUGGAUUUCAUCCUGGAUUUGAUGCCAGUCAGGGUCUGGACCAGGGUUGGCUUCCAACACUUCUGCUCCUCAGGGAUUAUGAGAUUCCUUCCCUGUUCACUGCUCUCAAUGAGACAGAGAUGACCUACUCCCUGCAGAUCCUGUUGGAGUUGGAGAUGGACUUGAAGGGAAGUGGAGCCAACCCAUUCGCGUCCCUGAAAGCAGAAGUGGUGGGCUCGAGUCCCAACGAGCCUCCCGUCUACUGCAACUCCCACUACUUCUGUUUUCAGGGAAUGCAGGAGACUGCGGAGUUUGAGGAACCGGAGGAGGCCUGAAGCAUUGUUAAUAUAUGCCUCUUUUUUCUUAUAAUUAAAUCAUAUGAUAAUGUUUUAAAAGUAGUGUUUCAAUACAUUAUUAUUAAAAGGUUAGUCCCAUUUGUUCUUUGGUAGCUGAGACUGUUUGCUAUGACAUUUGCAUUUACUAUCUCAGUGUCAUGGCAUCACAGUUGUGAGAUUUGAAUAUACUGACCCUGAACUAUUGUGUUAGCAGAGAAGCCAUAAAGCAUUGUCGAAACUGUCAAACGUCUACUUAUAUUAAGUCUACAAUCAAAAUGUUAAAAGGAUUAAAUACAGGGGGGAGACAGCGAUGUCCUCUCUGGUUAAACACAGCGUUGCUUCAAUGCAAAUGCAAAACCAGACGGAGGUGGAGGUGAUGAAAGAUAAAGCACUGAAGAUUAUUUCCAGGAGAGGCGCAAAUAUCCCUGACGGGCCUUGAACACAUGAGGCUCAAAUUAGAAACCUUGGAUCUAAAGUCUCUUCAGUUACACCAGUACUGCAAGAACUUUACACGCUAUCUACUUAAUCACUAAGUGUGAACACGUCAUCUCUUGUUUCACUGCUGUGAUACGAGCUGUAUCUUUUAUGAAAAGCAGGCAUUACUACCUUUUAUUCAAAUGUCCAGAUUAAUGAAUUGCUCAGUGUGUGUUCCAUGAAUGUCUUCAUUGUAAGGAGACUUGUUUUGUAUUCUCAGCUCUUUCUAAUAUACAUAUAUGUUGUGUUAGAACCCCCCAAAAGAUGCUGUAUAUGUAGAGUAUUUUGGAAAUUCAUGUCUAUAUUUAAUUUUUGCUUAUUAUGUAAUUUAUCCAGCAGCCACAUCAAACACAAAGCGUUCACAUUUACUUCCUUAUGUGUAAAAAUAAACUUCUUAUC